AUGGAAAACUCAUCCCAACCAGUAUUGUUUAAAUUAGUGGGUUAUGGUGAAAUCGGGAACAUCAGAUACUUAUAUUUCAGCAUCAUGAUUGUGAUGUAUUUAAUAAUAAUAUGUGCUAACUCAUUGCUUAUAGGACUUGUAGUUUUUGACAAGACUCUUCAUGAACCUAUGUACUACAUGAUGUGUAGUUUAUUUGCAAAUGAAGUAUAUGGAGGCACUAGCAUAUAUCCAUCACUGCUUGUGAACAUGCUUUCAGAUGUUCAUGAAAUAUCAUACUUUCACUGUCUUUUGCAGAUAUUUUGUGUGCACACUUAUGCUUCAACUGAAUUCACAAAUCUAGCAGUGAUGGCCUUUGACAGAUAUGUGUCUAUAUGCUAUCCUCUACAGUAUGUCAACAUCAUGUCUCCUACCAAUGCCUACAUUCUUAUAGCAUUCAUCUGGCUAUAUUCUUUUGGUAGGUUCUCAGUUACCUUUUCAAUGACUGUCCGACUUCAGCUUUGUGGAAAUCUUAUUGACAAAGUGUGCUGUGAUAACUACUCCCUUGUCAAACUGGCUUGUGAAGACACAAAAGUGAACAACUUAUAUGGUAUUUUCACUUUAGUCUUAUCGAUUGGCCUACCGGUAGUGCUCAUUCUGUAUUCUUAUGGAGAAAUUCUCAGGAUUUGUUUGAGAUCAUCAAAACAGUCCAGACGGAAAGCUUUGAACACAUGCACUCCUCAUAUUGUGUCACUGUUGAAUUUUACUAUGGGCUCUCUGUUUGAAACAAUCCAGAGCAGGUUUGACAUGCGGCAUGCUCCUUCUGUACUUAGGGUCCUUCUUUCACUGUACUUUUUCAUGAUAUGCCCAUUAUUAAAUCCUCUUCUAUAUGGGGUAAGAACAGGCAAAAUCAAAUCUGCACUCGAAGGGCUUUUUGUGAAAACUGGACUUAUGCCUCCUCAAAAACCAUUAAUAAUCUUACCAGUUCCUAAAUCACGUCACUAA